AUGGCUGCCCUUGAUUUCGAUUUGCCAGCGCAGGCCAAUCUGAUGCCCACUUUGGUGGCCAAAGGCCUCGCCAGCCCGGAGAUUUUCCGCAGCCAAGAGCUGGCGAACAGCAUCUGGGCCCUAGCCACCUGCGGCUCAGGCCUCGCGAGCCAGGCGGCGCAAGAGCUCGUCGUCUUCUGCGUGGAGCGACGGCUGAGGUCACUGGAGGCCAUCCAGCUGGCGGCAGUCAUGUGGGCGGUUGCAGCUGCUGGUUUGGAUGGGCCAACCCUGAGAUCCUCGUCGGCACCGCCCCCGUUGAUGCCGCGCCUGGCCGAUGCGGCUGCCAGCCGCGUCUUGGAGUUCGGCCCGCAGGAGGUGGCGAACAUAAGCUGGGCCUUGGCCAUCGAAAGCAUCGACCGGCCUGCCUUGCGAGAUCAGCUUGCCGCAGCCGCUCGACGAUUGUCCCCGGUCUUUGGCCGGAAGGAACUGGUUAAUACCAUUUGGGCCUUUGCUGUGCUGGGCCACAAGCAGCCUUGA